CGCGGGCGAUUUGGAGGAAUGGCGGCCGCUUGGUCUUCCAGUCGUUGCAAGGGAUGCUCUUCUACAAGCUGUACGUGUGGCGGUGACAAGGGCAAGUGGAGCGACUCCUCUCUGUUGGGCAGGCGGCUCUCGGAAGACUCGAACCGUCACCAGCUGCUGCAGAAGUGGGCAAACAUGUGGAACUCCGUGAGCGGAGACGCGUCGGUGGCCUGUGGAGAGGGGACGCGGCGCGAGGAGGCUGCGGACCCCGCCGAGGAGGAGGACAGGCCGCUGGUGUUUCUGUGCUCCGGCUGCAGGCGGCCACUGGGCGACUCGCUGAGCUGGGUGACGAGCCAGGAGGACACCAACUGCAUCUUGCUGCGCUGUGUUUCCUGUAAUGUUGCUGUGGAUAAGGAACAGAUACUAUCCAAACGUAAAAAUGAAAAUGGUUGCAUUCUGGAGGCCCUCUCCUGCACGGGGUGCUCGCUCAGGCUUGGCUACGUGUACAGGUGCACACCCAAGAGCCUAGACUACAAGAGAGACUUGUUUUGCCUCAGUGUGGAAGCCAUUGAAAGUUAUAUUUUAGGGUCCUCGGAAAAGCAAAUUGUGUCAGAAGAUAAAGAACUUUUUAAUCUCGAAAGCAGAGUUGAAAUAGAAAAGUCUCUAAAGCAGAUGGAAGAUGUUUUGAAAGCCUUACAAACGAAGCUAUGGGAGGUUGAAUCAAAAUUGUCCUUCACCAGUUGCAAAAGCUGAAAUCUUCUAAGUGCCCCCACUCUGGACUCCCUGCUGAUGGACACUUCUUUCAUAUGUAGCAAUUCUGGUUAUCAUUUGAUUUCACCUAGAAUGGAAAGAGUUCUAAAGGGCUGUAUGUAUAUUCUCUUGUAUUGAUCAAGUGAGAAGAAUUGUAGAACUACUUUACAAUAUAAUAAAUGGUAAAGAGAUGGUUAUUUCCUGAAGUUGAAUUUUAAAGCCAUUUUAUGAUACUUGCUGAAAUUGGAAUUUAGUAGCUUUUGUGUUGAUAAGAAACUGCCAUGAUCUUUUGAACUCUUCUCUCUGUACUGAGUUCAUUAUUCAUUUCCUUUAAAAAAAUUUUCAUUCACCUUUAAUACUUUGGGAAAUAUUUAAUAUUGAAUGGCAAGAAAAUCUUAGGGGUUUUUCCUCCCACUGUGUGACUGACUCUCUCUGAAAAUGGAUGCAUAAAGCUCUCUGAAGAAACCGGUCAGUUGAAUCACUUGUCAGAACUGUUUGAAAACUUGCACAGGAGCCGAACAGCAUAGAGUCUCACGGUAGUAGAAUUCCUCUGGGUCUGUUUGUUUACUCCUGUAUGCCCCCCAAAAUCUGGAAUAGUAUUUGCCAAAGAGACCAGUAGUCAUUCUCUGAGGGCGGGGUUCUGGGGAAUUUUCAAUAUUCUGUAAUGUGAGACUUAGAGUAAGCCUGUGCUAUCUUUAAAAUCAGGAGGAGACUAAAGAUGAAAACAAAGUAUUUUAAGAUUGAUUGCAACAAAACUGAGUUGCGGUAUUUAACUGAACUCAGAAAUCCUGACGCCAUGAAAGCCUGCUCAGGAAUGUACAGGUAACCCCAGAUUUCUCCAGGCGCCUUUCUGGUUUUGGGUCCAGUUGAGGCCGCACAACAUUAGUACUCAGUAUGUAUGAGGAACUCAACUCAGUUUCUGCUCAGGAGUUCCCUACUUAUUUCUGAGAAUACUUAAAGGUAUCCCAACAAAAGGAUUGACUGACUC